AUGAAGCCCGUGGUGAUGUCCUUACGUUAUACUGCAAGUCAAGGCAUUGCACAGCGAGGUUACCGGGAGCAGGAGGGUGAGGAGAACUCGGUUAAUAGGGGAAACUUCCGAGAGCUGCUACACUUAAUUGGUGAAUUUGACGUGACUGUAGCAAUGAAACUGAACGACAAUCCUCAAAAUGCUAAAGACACACAUCAAGACAUCCAAAACGAGAUUUUCCAGAUAAUGGCAGAUAUGGUCCGAAGUGAAAUAAGUGCAGAAAUUAGGGAAGCUGAAUGUUUCGCCCUGAUGGUUGACGAAACCAAAGAUGUCAGUAAAAGCGAGCAACUGUCCAUCGUUGUACGUUAUAUAAAAGGAGAACAAGUGCGUGAAGAAUUCCUGCACGUCAGACGCACAGAGGGCCUGGACGCCGAUUCGCUCCUCAGUACCAUCAAACAGACGCUCAGCCAAUGCAACAUCGACCCACACAUGUGUGUUGGACAGUGUUACGAUGGGGCUGCUGUCAUGUCAGGAUGCAAGAACGGAGUACAGCAGAAGUUUAAAAAGGAGGUGCCAAAUGCUUUGUAUAUCCACUGCCAUGCACACAGAUUAAACCUUGUGUUGGUUGAUGUGGUCCGCAACGUUGAAGCAGCAGCCUACUUUUUUGAAACUGUACAAAUGCUGUACAACUUCUUCGCCACUCAGUCGCCCAUGAUACUUUCAUAA